CACGCCUGAAUCUGAUCGCAAAGCACGCUGUGCAAUUUUGAUAUUAGAUCGAGAAUUAAGGCACGUGUCUGGUGAACGGGCGGAAUUAGGCGCGAGGCGGAUAAUUUCCCAAUAGCGUUCGGGAUGUUACUAUGAGGAGAUGGCUGUUCAGAGUGACGAUGCAGAAAUGUGUCAGAUAACGGAAGACACACCCUCGGUGGCCAGCUGCACGGUGAUGAAUGUUUCGUAAGAAAAGGCUGCCUUAGCAGCUCGCUGGCUCUAGGGCCUCGCUACCCACGCCGACCACAAUGGAGAUGCCACAGUCCUCUUCAGGUAGCAAUGAAGAAGGCUCCUGUAAACCACCAUUAUCGACUCCAGCUUAUUUCGUCAUAUUGCAGCAGUCACAAGGCGUUGACGGCAAAGAGGAAGGAAUCCUUGUGGCCAACAGAGAUUUGUCCUCGGUCGCUCCUGUCAUGUCAUCGGGAACCGACAAAUCAAAAUCUAAAGUGUUUCUCUCGGCAGAUUGUACGUCGGGUAACGUUACGGUCACCCUUGACAACAAUAAUAUGUGGAAUGAGUUUUACCACCGCAGCACAGAGAUGGUGCUAACAAAACAAGGAAGGCGAAUGUUUCCUUAUUGUCGCUACUGGUUAUCUGGUUUGGACUCUAAUCGGAAAUAUAUCCUGGUCAUGGACAUUACUCCAAUGGACAACCACAGGUAUAAGUGGAACGGAAAGUCCUGGGAGCCAAUUGGCAAAUCAUUGCCCCAUGUUCUUGGUAGGGUCUUUAUACACCCUGAAUCUCCAUCAACAGGUCAUUAUUGGAUGCACCAGCCAGUUUCCUUUUACAAAUUAAAGCUAACCAAUAAUAUUUUGGAUAGCGAUGGCCAUAUCAUUCUGCACUCUAUGCAUCGUUAUCUUCCUCGACUCCAUGUGGUUCCUGCCAAUGCAGCUACUGAAGUGAUUCGACUUAAUGGGCCCGAUGUGCAUACUUUCACUUUCCCGCAGACAGAGUUCAUUGCUGUGACAGCUUACCAAAACUUUCAAAUCACCCAGCUAAAAAUUGAUUGUAACCCUUUUGCCAGAGGGUUUAGAGAAGCACCUGUGUGUGGAAGACCUUCAAAAGACACAAAACCAAAGAGCACCGAUGAAGAAGCAGAUUCUGCGGAAAACAAAAAGCAAGUAGAGCACGAUCAUCCUGAAAGUAUCCGGAAACUUCGAGAGGUUUUUAAAGUUUCAGAAUGUUCAUCUGUUAAUGCGGACAAUGAAGCUUUCGGUGCUGAGUGCGAUUUCCUCAAUUUUCUCAAUCCACAGCCUGCAUGUUCAAAUCUUUUGGAGCAAAAGGAUGACAAUGUUGACAGUUGUGAUAAAAGCUCAAAUGAGUCCUCUCCCGAAGAGCACAAAGACCAAACAAACGUUAUCAAAGAGGAGCCUGACGAUGACUACGACUACGACAAAGUGAUGCCUACCAAGCCAGUAGCUGUUAAGCAGGAGUCUUCUGAUGAGGAAGUAACAGAUGAGUACUCUAACAGCGACGAUGAUUACCCUAUAUUACAAAAACAGUUUGCACAAUUCAGGGCAGAGACGCGCCGUGAGAGAAAACGCUCCCACAGCAGCCCCUCUGGGGUUGCCAAAGCAAAAUUGUUGAAACUUCAAAGUGAGAAAAUGCCUAUGGUGUGUCUGGGACAAUCAAAGGGUCCUGACCUGCAAGACCCCAUGCUGAGCAGUCAGGAUUUAUAUCGUAUUCUAUCUUCUGUCCAGAAAAAACAUGACAUGGCUGCCUCCUCCGUUAAUACACCUGAGACUGAUAUAGAUGUUCCUAAACGCAACAAUGAACCAAGCCUAAGUAACGUUGAUUGUAACACUCCGGAGGAUAACGAGAUUGAGACUCAAGUGUCAUGUGUGUCAAAAAAGAAGCUUCCCCUUUUCAUUCAUAAAACUCAGAAUGCUGGAGUCGAAAAGAUUUCUCCACCACGUGUGAAAAGUAAAAGAGGGAGGCCUCGGAAGAGCAAGACUAAAACCAGACGCUAUUCAAAAAAAAGCAGCCCAGUAGAAUCCUCACAGUUUCAAGAUGUUCAUCCGGAUCUAGAGGAUGUAGAAGGAGUCCUAUUUGUUGCAUUUGCUUCAAAGGAAGCAUUGGAUCUUCACACAGGAGGCACGACGAACAAAGAUGCACAGUCAAGUUUUCUAGUUUCACCAACAUCCAAAGAAGAAAAGGAUGAACUCCAAAAGAUUUCAAGGCUUCAGAAGCAGCUCGUGGCAGAUCUUCAGACAAUGAGACAUCGGCAGGUGAUCCACCCAGCCCUUCAACAAGUGGGACUUAAACUGACUAUUGUAGAUCGCACUGUGGGCAUUGAUCUGAGAUACUUAGGAGUGCAACUUCCACUACCUCCUAUCACAAGUAAUUCCAGAUGGGAUAACUAUGGGAUGUGUGCCCAGGCUUCUGGUUUUCCAUUUGUGUCACGAACUGGAAAGACUACAGAUUAUACAAAAAUAAAAGGCUGGAGAGACAAAUUCUCAACCGCUUCGGCAUCUUCACUAAAAAAUGAAGGCAGCAACUCAGAAAACCCACUAAAGAACCGUUCAGCCUUCUGCAGUGAUGAAUUGGAUGAGUAUCUAGAAAACGAAGCAAAGUUGAUGGAAAACUCAAGGGAAUAUUAUCCAGAAGAAUCUAAGCCAGCCAUCGCUUAUCAACUCCCCACAAAAAGCACCAGUUAUGUGAGGACCUUGGACAGCGUUUUGAAGAAACAGGCUUCAGAACCAUCUCCUUCCUCCGUAAAGCCACUAUCUGCUAAGAAACAGUCAAAAACCCAACGCAAGGUCUCAACUCCCAAAAUAAAGUCAAAGUCUAAACCCAAUAUGCCAUCCCCUGUUAUAGAAAAGGAUAAUCCUACUCCAUCAGACUCCAUAGAGAAGUCUGGAAAGCUAUCCACAGAUCAGGUUGCAGAUGGUUUGAUGCCAGGUUUACGCAAACCUAAGACGCCGAACCAGAAGACCGGCACCAAGCCAUCUGUAAAAAGCAAACCUGCAUCCAAAUCUAUUCGUAAGCAAGCAGCAUCGUGUAAGAGAGAAUUCUGUCGUCUUGGUUGUGUUUGUCAGAGCCUGAGCCGCAAAAGAACUAAUUGCAAUCACUGCCGCCGUGUAGAGUGCAUGUUCAGCUGUACCUGCCCGAAGAGCAAGCUCUCCCUAAAGAGUGCAAACAAACCUUCAUCCUCCAAGAACUGUUCAAAAGAAAGCAUAGCUGGAGAAGGGUCGCCCUCUCAAUCAUAUUCUGAGAAGAUGGACACUAAAAAUAACUGUGAUCCAAAGCUUAAACCCCCUAAAAGAGUUCCUAUUUGGGAUAAAUCAGACAUUGACUGUGAUCCAGAGCCAUAUUUUACUCGUAUAAAGGAAGAGCUUGACGAAAGCAAAAUUGAAACACCAAAUCCUGAAGAAGAAGCCUUGCCGUCUAACUCAGCUUGUUUAAGCUCCCCAGAGAUCCACAUCGAAGAUAUGGAUCCAGACUGUUCGGAAACUGACAGUAGGGAAUCUUGCGCUAGGGUAAGGAUCUAUGAACGAAAACCACCGCAGACCCGACCAGACAAGGAGGAGUGUACUUGUGUGGAGUCUGAAGACUCUGAAAAGGAAUAUGUCCACAAGCCACCUAAAUAUAGAAGUAAACAGAAGGAAAAGAAGAAGGAUGAAGCAAAUAAAAGACCAGAAAAUGCUGGUCCCACCAAACUGAUUGAAAUAAUUUCCGACUGCAGCUGGGAACAGGACCGCAGCAAGAUUCUCAACAUUGUAUCGCAGCACAUGAACAGCAGAGAGACUCGAUCCUUCAAAGUGGGCAGUUUCAACAUCGAGCUGACUUCUGAGAAUAAACCUGAAGACGCUGGAGACAAAUCAGAAGCCAUAGCCCACUCUUCCAGAGUAAAAAUCUCAAUGGCACCUGAUCAGAGAAAAGAGCAUUGUUCUGAAAAGCAUCCAACACGGAAAUGGACAACAGAACGUGUUAAGCUUAGAGAGCAAACGUCUCUAGAGUCCUUUGUUGAAAGAGCUCCGUCGCAUGGGGCAAAAGGUCUGCCGUUCUAUACAAAGAUCGUUCCAGCUGGCAAAUUGGUUGCUAACUUAAAAGGUUCCGAUGUGAAUCCCGUGGAGCUCAUUCAGGUUAAUGGGAAAAACUAUCCUCAAGCCAAACUACUUUUGGGACAGAUGGGUGCACUUCAUCCAGCGAACCGUUUGGCAGCUUACAUUACCCAUAGGCUGCAGCCCAGCCUACACAACGUUUUGAAGCUCAAUGAACUGAAUGCCCAAAUACCAACAGACAUCACGCUACCGACACUUUGUGACGAGGAUGGGAGUUCUAAAGACAGCCCUUCUGCCGCUCAGAAUGUGGACAAUUCGCCCCAUAAGAAGAGUGCUACACAACCUUCUCCCAGCAGUGUGUUCACUCAGUUUGUUUUGAAUGAAGUUGAAAACCUGAAGCAGAAAAGUCCUUCGGUCAUCUCAACUCAUCUGUCAUCGAAACCGAACACCGCAGCCUCUCAACUAUUAGUAGUGACUACGUUGGCCUCUAGCAAACAGACUUCUGUGGUCUGCACCACUCCUUCUCUGAGCAUGCCCAGAUUAUUCAGUCCUCCACAUACAUCACCUGCCAAGAGCUCAAGCACAGCAUUAGCAUUGCAAGAGCAAGCCAAAACGCCAGUUCCCACCUUAAUAAAGAUCAUUACGAAUAAUAAAAGCACUUCACCCUCCAGCUCCACAACAAAAACCACGGAUUCCACUCGUCCUCUGAGUGUACCAUCAAUUAUCCCUGCAAUUGAGUCUCCCCCUCCUUUACUGGCCAUGCCAUUGGCGAAGGUGCCUUCAAGUUCAGUGAAGACAUCAACCCUUCCCCCUCUUUCUGGUAAAACCAUCGGGACGCGAUCUGCAGCCUCUUACACAACUUGUGCCAGUUCAAUAAAGCUUGGAUCUGUUGCUCCCCAGGUGGGGAAUGUUUUGCCCACACUGACUUUAAGGCCAGUAUCUCAGCUCCCCAGGACUCAGCUUCCAAGACCUAUACUUGUGCCACCUGCAAUGGAAAAACGAAUGGGGCCCCGUCUCCUCCUUAUACCUGUACAAUCUAGCACCCCUCCUGUUCGUCCAGCACCAUGUCCGCCACCAUCACCUGGACAAAAGAUGAUUUUACAGCCCAUCAAAAGGCCUGGAGGAACAAAUUUAUUCAGACACCCAAACGGGCAGAUCAUUCAGCUUGUUCCUUUACAGCAGUUUCGCGCCACUGGUGUCGUACCCAACAACCAAAACAAAGUUGUUUUACGCAGUCCAGGCUCUGUUGUAGGUAUCCGCCUCCCACUACCCGUGAAAACUGAAUCCGUGCCUAUUCCUUCAUCUCCUACUGUGGUCAUGUCUUCGCCUGUCUCCAUCUCAACAAGUCCAGUUAUUGGUUCUCUUUCAAAAACUAACCCUGGAUCAUCAGAAGUCACAGCGGCUACUUCAAGCCCUUCCUUUCUUUCUCAGCUAGGGACCCUAAGAUUUAGGAUUGCUCCUCCUGCAACUAGCAGUGAGCGGCAACAGUCAAACUCAAAAGUCAUAACGUAUAGUUGCGGUGGGGAGCCUGGGAACGCCUCAAAGGGGGUCCCUCUCCAGUCUGGGUCUUUUGCCCUAAUACAGAUCCCAGCACAAGGUACUGCUUCAUCUAGCAAAUCAAACAAUGACAAUAAUUCAUCUGUGGCCAACAAUACCAUCAAUACAGAUAAUGUAACAUCCAGUGACUCGGGAGAGGGUCACAAACCAGCAGAGGAUAACUCAAAUACUGUGGAGUCUACUACAUCUGAAACAAAGAUGGAAAAUGACGCUAUGGGAUUUGAAGAUCUGCCAAGCUUGAAUGUUGUAGAAACUGAUACAUUGUCUGUAGAUCAAGUCAAAGAUGAUGAAACUGCAAGCAUUGCUGUGGAGCAACCGGAUAUUGCGAAGUCAAGUCUUGAGAUACAUAAUGGGAAAUAUGGUUCAGGGGAUGAACAACAGAGUCUUGGGUUGUCUUCCAAAACAAAGGACCCAGAAGAUGCAGCUGAGGAGUUAGAACACAUAGAUGGACUGUCAUUGCAGGGACAUGUAGAAACACAUUCACAAAGUCAUGAGACAUCUUCCAAAACAAAGGAUCCAGAAAAUGCAGCUGAGGAGUUAGAUCACAUAGAUGGACUGUCAUUCCAGGGACAUGUAGAAACACAUUCACAAAGUCAUGAGACAUCUUCCAAAACAAAGGAUCCAGAAAAUGCAGCUGAGGAGUUAGAUCACAUAGAUGGACUGUCAUUGCAGGAACAUGUAGAAACAAAUUCACAAAGUCAUGAGACAUCUUCCAAAACAAAGGGUCCAGAAGAUGCCCCUGCAGAACCAAAACUUGCAGUUGGACUUCCACUGCAGGAAUGUGAGGAAACAAAUUCACAAAGUCAUGAGACAUCUUCCAAAACAAAGAAUCUGGACGAUGCUCCUGUGGAACCAAAACUCACAGAUGAACUGCCAUUGCAGGAACAUUUUGAAACAAAUUCACAAGGUCAUAAGAUGUUUCCCAAAACAAAGAGCCCGGAAGAUGCCGCUGUGGAACCAAAACUUGCAGAUGGACUACCUUUACAGGAACAUGUAGAAACAAAGUCACAGAGACUUGAGGUGUCUUCCAAAACAAAGGGUCCAGAAGACGUCGAUAUUAAACGUAAACGCACAAAUGAUUUUCCGUUGCAGGAAUAUGUAGAGACAAAAUCACAUCUAGAGUCCACAUCUGGCCCAAAUGUAACACAAAUUCUACCAUGUACAGAGACACAGGAGCAGGAUGCCAAUUCUGAACCUUCAGAGGUUGCUGCUAAUGUAGGACCACAAGCUCCAGAUAUUUCCAGUACCCCACCUGAAGACUCCUCUACGAUUGAGUAUGUGAAAAAAUACACUGAUAAUAAUUCUCAGAAAGAGCCCAUCGUUGACAAUAAAGAAACUGAUAGUGACAGUUGGAAGGACCUUCAACUUACAGACUUCAUCAAAAACGAUUCACAUAGUGAAGCAGAUGCCAGUGAUGUAGAGGAAGCUGUAGAUAUUGAAACGGUGGAAGAGCUCUCAGAAAAGAUUAAUAUAGCUCGUCUUAAAGCGUCUGCGUGUUCCUCAAAGGACAAGUGCGGUGCACAUGAUGACUUUUCAAAAGGACGUAGGAAAUGUUUUAAGAAAGGAAAUCCUUCCUUCAUGAGAGAAUAUGAUGAGGAUGCAACUUCGUAUUAUCGUCGAACCCACACGGCUAACGAGCGGAGAAGAAGAAAUGAGAUGAGGGACCUUUUUGAAGAACUAAAAAAUUCCCUUGGACUUCACAACCUCCCAAAAGUUUCCAAGAGCUAUAUCCUUAAACAAGCCAUCGAGGAAAUUGAGGGCUUAACAGACCAAGCAGACAAAUUAAUACGGAAGAAGACUCUGCUUUCCCAGAGACAGAAUCAGUUGAUCAAAAGGGUGUCAAAUCUUUCAGGAAGACCACAGGAGGUUGUCCUGAAAAAGCUGGAGUAUAUUUAUGCUAAACAGAAAGCCUUAGAGGUGGAAAGGAAGAAGCAGCACUUGGAGGAGGACGUUGCUCUGCGUGAAGCCUCUUUGAUGUGCAACCCAAGCCUCUUACCAAACCCUAAACGGAAGCACAUGCCUAUUGCUCCAAAGCCAGAAACCUCCCCAGCGGAAUCUGAUCAGCCUAGUGUAUCCAUAAGGACUACAAACUUGCUGGUGUCACCAGAAGGGCAGCUGUUUUCUCUGAAGGAUCCCAUUAUUGCAAGUCCAGUGGCUUCAGAAAUGAACCCAAUAGUCCCUGCUAAAGCUCAGCCAGGUAUGGCUCCUGUUCUGAUUCGGUUUCCGGGAACAAUUCAAGUCAAAAGUCUCAUUGGAAAUACACCAUCUUCUUUACCUGGCAAUGCUUUGGCAGAACCAUCAAGUCAAGACGCAGAUAAGGAUGAUUUGUCCAUGAUGCCAAAGAUUGUGAAUGUCACGUCGUUGGCUACUGAGGUUUCGAUGGACUUUGAUGGAGAAAUCGAAAAGCACCCAAUUUUGGCUGAUGAAAGCCGUAAGACUGGUCUUCAGGGUAUCAAAGCCGAUGAGCCAGUGAGUCGCUUAGAACUAGAAGCCCCAACCUCUCCAUCAGGUUUACCUCUUCCGGGUAGCUCAUCCGUGAAUGUUCCAGAACUGCCCGAUUCUACACGAGACAUCCCUGGGCCCAGUUUUGUGAAAGAUUUCUCAGUUAAUGACUUAAGAGAUAGUGAAGAAUAUGAAAAUGCUGCUGAAAGUGAGCAGGAUCCUUCCCUUACCAAUGUGUCCAAAGGUAACAGAGAAGAUAGUCUUGAUUUGGAAUUAAAGAAAAUGUCCUCAGUUAUAGAAGGUACAGGGCUGGUUCCAAGUGAGUUAAUAGAUGUAAUUGGAGACCACGAAGACUCAGAUGAAACUCUUACAUCGCUUCUCAACGAGAUAGCUUUCCUCAAUCAAUCACUGAACAAUGACACUGACGAGCUGGACUCUGGUCCUGAUCUGUCUGGUUCAGACACCGGAUCACGGGGCAAUGCUAGCAAGCUUUUAGAUAGAGAUUCCUCUCCAUUUUCCUUUGGCAUGGAGCCAUCGGAAGUGAAAGAGAAGGUCUCGCUCAGCCCCCUCUUCCUGCAUUUGGAGAACAGCGAGUUACAAGAAACUGACAAAGAAAGCAAAGUCUCAGGGGUUGUAGAAUUCUGCAAUGAGUCUAAGACGAAAACAUUGCCUGCAGCAGAUAAGGUAUUUGGUCUACAGGAGGAUAGUCCUAAUCCAUCAUCCCAGGAAACAAUGACAAGACCGGAAUCCUCUGGGACAGAAGCAUGGUGGAGACCUAUGCCGAAAUUAGCACCACUUGGAUUAAAAUCAUCUAACUUGUCUGCUGACCAGAAAGUUGUGACAAGCAAAGCAAUGCCAUCUCUGUCACCCGUGUUAAGAUUACAGUCACCAAAAACAGAACUGGCUCCUGCUGCAGUUACUUUAUCGUCUAAGACUGAGAACUAAUUAUUCUUCAGGCAAUGGAACAUUUUAUAUACAGCCCCAUCUAUGACAUCUUCUGACAUCUGUAUAGACAUUAUACGUAUAAACCCUCCCUAUAUCCAGCUAAAACUUGAAUAAUGUCAAAACAUUUCUUGCUGAAGUGCAGCAAAUAAUUUAGAUUUUUGGUGGUGCAAACCAUUACUUUUUUCAUUUUAGAAGCAAUCAUUAUCUUUAUUACAUGGAUUACUACAAUGUAAAUCUAUUCUGUUAGAAAGCACUCCGCACUCAUCAUGGUUAUUUCUUUAAACAGAUUGCCUUUCUGGGUUUUUUUUGUUGUUGUUUCCGUUAAUCUUUU